GUAGGUAGUGUUCUAUUGUGAUAAUAAUAUAUUAAGUUAAGCUAAAUUGAUAAUAAUGCAUGAAUUAUCAGAAAAUCAAAUUAAAAUCUUAAGAAAAUAUUUGAAACUUAAAAUAUUAGAAGAUAAUAUUAGGUUUCGGGAUCAUGAGAGUGAAAGAAAUCAUGUUUACAAUUUAAUAUCACGGUCAAUAAUGCAUGGAGAGUCGCAUUCAGCUCUUAUUAUUGGCCCUCGAGGAUGUGGAAAAACUACUCUCAUCAACUCAGUGCUACAACAGAUUUCAAAGGAAGCAGAUUUAAUAAAUGACGCCAUAAUUAUAAAACUUAAUGGUCUAAUACAUCAUGAUGAUAAAAUUGCUCUUAAGUCCAUUACAGCACAGAUGCAAUUAGAAAAUGCUGUCGGUGAUCGUGUGUUCGGUACAUUUGCUGAGAAUUUAAGUUUCCUCCUUAGUUGUCUCACGAGUGGAGCUGAUCGAAAAUGCAAAAGUAUGGUGUUUCUGCUAGAAGAAUUUGAUAUGUUCUGUCAUAGCGGUCGGACACAGACAUUAUUGUAUAACUUAUUCGAUAUUACACACAGUAAACAAGCACCUAUGUGCGUUUUAGGUAUAACAAACCGCAUUGAUGUCAUGGAAAUGUUAGAAAAGAGAGUCAAAUCCCGUUUCUCGCACAGACAUAUCUUCUUAUUCCCGAACGAAAAUCAACAGGGCGUUGAGAAAUCACCUUUAAGUAAUUUCAAGGAUAUAUUUGUUCAAUAUCUCAGCAUGCCUCUGAAUUUAAACAAGAAAAAUGUUUCAAAGAAACGUAAAGGGAGGAAGUCUAUAGCAAAUUUAGAAGACAAGAUGAACAUUGAUACAACUGAUGAACACCAAUAUGCAAUUCCAGAUGAAGUUCUCACUAGAUGCAAAGUGGAUUCCAGCGAAUUCCAAAAUCUGGAUUAUAGCUUUAUUGAAUCUUGGAACGCACAUGUUCAAAGUUUGGUGGGUGAUCAGAAAGUUAUCGAUGCUUUGGAAAAAUUCUCUUACUAUACUGUCAAUGAGCAGCUAUUUAAAGAUGUAUUGUUUCAAAUAGUAUCAAAAUUGUCACUAUCAAAGCCAUACAUAGAUGUGAAUGAUAUAUCAUCGACCAUAGACAACACAGUGUCUCCUGAACAUAGAGUGAAGUUGCUACAAUCUCUGUCAAUACUAGAAUUGUCUCUGGUCAUUGCAAUGAUGCAUGGUAUGGAAAUAUUUGAUGGUCAACCGAUGAAUUUUGAAAUGGUAUUACAUAGAUAUACAAAAUUCUCAAACACAAACUCCUCAACACAGACAGUCCCACGACCAGUGAUCCUCAAAGCGUUUGAGCAUCUCCAAGAAUUGGAAAUAAUAAUGCCUGUUAGGAUCACUGACUCUAUUUACAAUACAGAUACAACUACAAAUAGAGUUCAGAAGGAGUAUAAGUUAUACACACUGGCAGUUCCGUUGGAUGAUAUCAAGGAAGCGGUGAAGGGCUUUAAAGCGCUGCCAACUGAAAUAAAUCAUUGGUUCAAUAACUCGGUUUUUUGAAUAAACUUUUUUUUUAUGUU